GGCAAGGAGAGUUCAGAAUCAGAACUAGUUCAGGCUACUGAACUCUAUGGUUCAAGCACGUUCUACGUUUUUGGCUUCCUGGUUAAAGAUGGCGGAUGAGAAUGAGACAGCACCGAAGCUGGAGAAAGAAGAAGAGCUAGACGAGGACCAUGCUCACUGUAGCGACUGUGAAAACGAGGAGCAUCACUUCGAUGAUGGGGACAAGAGCCCAGGCGAUGACUCCGGUGCCAAGAAGAAAAAGAAGAGACAGAAGAAGAAAAAGGAUAAAAGCGGAGGCACAGAUUCUUCCCAGAACUCAGUGGCCAAGGUGAACUCUCUGCCGGCCGACAAGCUGCACGAGAUCCAGAAGGCCAUCGAGCUCUUCUCCGUGGGCCAGGGCCCUGCCAAGACCAUCGAGGAGGCCACUCGCCGUAGCUACCAGUUCUGGGACACGCAGCCCGUCCCCAAGCUAGGGGAGAUGGUGACGUCGCAUGGCUGCAUAGAGCCGGACAAAGCCAACAUUCGCGAGGAGCCCUACAGCCUCCCCCAUGGCUUCUCCUGGGACGCCCUAGAUUUGGGCGACGCUGCCGUGUUGAAAGAGCUGUACACCCUUCUAAAUGAAAACUAUGUGGAGGACGACGACAACAUGUUCCGCUUUGACUACUCCCCCGAGUUCCUGUUGUGGGCUCUGCGCCCCCCAGGCUGGCUGCCGCAGUGGCACUGUGGUGUGCGUGUGAACUCCAACAAGAAACUGGUGGGCUUCAUCAGCGCCAUCCCUGCCAACAUCCGCAUCUAUGACACAGAGAAGAAGAUGGUGGAGAUAAACUUCCUGUGCGUGCACAAGAAGCUGCGCUCCAAGCGCGUGGCCCCAGUCCUGAUCCGGGAAAUCACCCGGCGGGUCAACCUGGAGGGCAUCUUCCAGGCGGUUUACACCGCGGGCGUGGUCCUGCCCAAACCCGUCGGCACUUGCAGGUACUGGCACCGAUCUCUGAACCCGCGCAAGUUAAUCGAGGUGAAGUUUUCGCACCUAAGCAGGAACAUGACUAUGCAACGGACCAUGAAACUGUACCGGCUGCCCGAGGCCCCCAAAACGGCAGGCCUGCGGCCGAUGACCCAGAAGGACGUGGGGGCGGUGCACAGGCUCCUGGGGGAGUACCUGCGGCUGUUCCACCUGACGCCCGUGCUGAGUCCGGAGGAGGUGGAGCACUGGCUGCUGCCCAGGGAAAACAUCAUCGACACCUUCCUGGUGGAGAACCAGGAGGGCGUGGUGACGGACGUCCUGAGCUUCUACACCCUGCCCUCCACCAUCAUGAACCACCCGGUGCACCGCAGCCUGAAGGCAGCGUACUCCUUCUACAACGUGCACACGACCACGCCCCUGCUGGACCUGAUGGGCGACGCCCUCAUCCUGGCCAAAUCGAAAGGGUUCGACGUCUUCAAUGCACUAGACCUGAUGGAGAACAAGACGUUCCUGGAGAAGCUGAAGUUUGGCAUUGGGGACGGGAAUCUGCAGUAUUACCUGUACAAUUGGAAGUGCCCCAGCAUGAACCCGGAGAAGGUCGGCCUGGUGCUGCAGUGAUGUCCUCUUGCCACAGCCAAAUCGGGAGGCCACGCCGUGCACUUAGCACCUGGAUAAUGGAAUGAUGGACUUUCCUCUUCAGGGAAGAGAACCCCACCGCCCAUUUUUAAUUUUGACCUUUGACUUUGACCUUUGACCUGCACUGCUGCUGUUGGCAGGGUGGGGGGAGGGCUGCCCCCUUCCCCUUCCUCGCAUGGAGCUAAAGCCAUUGUAUCUUCCAUCCUGUACAUCAGCAAGUGAACCGAGUCACUCUUGUAUUAUACACACCGUACUGACAUUCAUCAUGCCAUAUAUUAGCAACUGAACGCUAUUACUACUGUACCACACACACCAAAUACCCACACACACACACACACACACACACAAUGAUGCCAUUAUAUCUUCUAUACUGUACAUCAGCAUGUGAACCCAUUCAUUACUGUUCCACACACACACAAGCAUCAAAUGAAGGUAUUAUAUGUUCCAUCCUGGACAUCAGCAAAUGGACCUUGUCACUACUGCGAUACACACAUACACCAUGUCAUAACAUCAGAAACUGAAGAUUAUAACUACUGAACCACACACACCAUACAUUCAUUCAGUAAUCCACCACACACACACACGCACGCACGUCCACAUGCAUACGCACACCAUACACACACAUGCAAAUCGCUUUUUUCCUGCAAAGUUUGGAUCGCUUUUGCAACAGUCUUACUGUCCUCUUCAGCGAAAGUUUUAGAAGAAAAAAAAAAUCUAAACAAGUAAAAGAGAAAUUAAAUAAACACCCAAAGUGGACACAAUACAAGGGCUUCUGUAAGAUGUUUGUUUUUUAAUUUAUUUAAUUGUAUUGCUUUCUUGUCCUAAACGGAUUUAAACUAUUCUCUCUCUCUCUCCGCGUUCGCCAGUCCUCUUCCUGUAGCGCCAACGCUAGUGAAUGUCAGAGGAGCCAAGCUCUCUUCACUGAACUAUGAAAUGUUUGAGCUUCUUUAUUUUUUCUUUUUUUUUUUUUGUUUUCCACGCCGUCUUCACUGAUUUUGUCGCAGUCAUGGCGUCUGUAAUCUCGCAGAUAAUCAAGCUGACAAAGACCUCCUUUUGAGGGUCGUUUGUCCAGUGAAGGGCCCUGGAGCUGAGCGGGCUAGCUAAUUGCCUGGAGAGAGGAGUGCGGGGGUGGGAAGGGGGGGGGGGCGAGGGGGGUUGUCGUGGGUUUGGAGGGGAUGGUUUGUGUGGAGAGAUGGUUGAUGAGAUUUAAUACUACUUAUUAAAUUGAGUAUGGGGAAAACGUUUAUGUAUUGGUGGUUGGCAUUUGGCAGAAGUACGAGUCGUUGCUCUGAAUAUGUCUUUGUGUAUCCUCGGAAACACUGAGGACAAGUGCUAAUGUGGAAAAGUGCUAGUGUGGGUUUACAGGGAAGGGGGAGAUGUGAUGUGUGGGUUUUUUGUUUUUAUGCUAAAUAAAAAUUUAGAAGUGGUUUGAGGUUGG